UUGUCUGUUUACUUGCCUUUUCUUUCCCUCAGCAUUCUUCUUUGACAUCUAAUACAAUCAAAUCCGCAACUAACCCAACCUCAACGCCCCCAUUUUUCCAUCCAUCGUCACAACCGCACAAAACACGCCUAGUCAGGGAUUAUUGAAGGAUUUGGAUAUUGGAGAAGUCUGCAGAUCUAACGACAGACAAUAACAAGCAGCAGCUAGUAGGAAGGCGACAACGAGCUGGUGAUCAAGAAGAUAUACCGGCCAGGAUGACAAGCAUGAGUCCAGAAGAUGUCCGAAUCGAUGUGCAAGACUCUGCUCUCAGCAUUACUGACGCCAUUAUCCCGUCCAUGAGUGACAUCAAGUCGCGAGCUAAGCAGGCAAAACUGAGCUUGAGGACCUCAGUUCAGGAUCUGAAGAAACGUAAAGAACCUUCAUAUAAAGGUGAUAAUGGUAGAAGUGGAAGCCAUCUUUCCCCGCCCUCAGUCUUCCCGAUAGUGAAUCGACCACAUGAUCUCCAAAAGGCAAAUGUCUCAACCUCUGGUUUUGGCAUUCGAGCUUUCCUACGAAGGCUCACUGGUGGACAACCUUCCCCCCAAAUCACGAAAACUGCCAGUCCAACCCAACAAGUCGGGGAUAGGACCCCUAUUGGCGGCGAGAAGGAGAAAGAUGUUUUGAAGGAGUUGCCAGAAGAGCUGCGUUCUGAUAUCAGAGACGAUCAGAUCAAGCUGGACCCUUGCAACAUUCCAUUGCCACCAUCACCUACAACUACCCCUUCGAGUUUGCCUGAAGAACUUUCUCCUGAAAUCAGAGACGAUCAGAUCAAGUUGGACCCUUGCAACAUUCCAUUGCCACCAUCGCCUACAAUUACCUUUUCGAGUUUGCCUGAAGAACUUUCUCCUGAAAUCAGAGACGAUCAGAUCAAGUUGGACCCUUGCAGCAUUCCAUUGCCACCGUCACCUACAAUUACCCUUUCGAGCUUGCCUGCCAUUUCUUCGUCCGCAGAGCCCCAAGAGGAAGAGCAGAUCAGGCCUCGAUCAGAGAGCGCCAAGCCUGAGGAAAACAGGUCACCUGAUCAGCAUUUCUCAGUUUGUUUGCCUGCUGCAAAUGAUCUUCUGGCUUGUCAGACCUCAGGAUCUGAUGGCAGAUCCCAUCAACCACCUCCAAUGCUGUCAAUUUCCCCAUUGACUAUUCAAGAAACGUGUCCUUCGCCUGAUACGUCGCCCACUGUAUCGCCGGUUGAAGAUGAGAUUAUCGUUAGCCCUGUGAGCUUCCAAGACAGCGAAUCUGGUCUCAUGAUGGACUGGGCGGACAGUCAAGAACGUGUCGAUUUGGAUGGAGAAGUACAACAACCAGCCUAUAGUAGGAGUCGGAGUGCUAGCCCUGCAUUUCAGAAGGCAGAAUUUGGCCUUAGCGGGGAAAAAAGAGGCAACAAUAAGAGCUGGAGACGAAGUAUGAGGAAUCUCUCCGAAGCACUUAACCGCCGGUCUUCUUUCAAACCACCACCCACUUCCUACGACGCCUAUAUGACUCAUCAGCGGCGGAUGGCUGAUCGUCGCCAAGGUUGUGCCCCAACUGUUUAUAGGACUGGGGCCCAGGCUGUACUAGAAGCCAUAAAUAAUUUGGAAGAGGAAGAUGAGAUGAUGGCUGAGAAGUUCUUCAUGUCAUAAAGAAACACCUGUUUGUGAAUCGUAGUCAGCGGACUGAGGUCUCGAGCUCGAGUCAUUGCAAGGUUUAGGACUUGUUUUUUCUUACUGUUGAUGUGGCUGAAUUGAUUAAUACUUUGUUGUAUGUACCAUAAAGGACGGUUAGCCAGGGAAGACAAGAAAGGUGUAAGUCAACUCGGUAGCCUCCAUGAUUCGAUAUAGCCGCCGUAUAAUGAUGCUU